AGGCUGCUCUUCCCCUUUUCUCCCCAAAACACGUGCAUCCUGCUCAGUUGUGAGCGUCCAUCGCGAUGGCUUUCAGCCCCAAAGCGAGCAACAGCCGGUCAAUGACCCCUCCCGGCGCUACAGCACCUGCAGCGUCCAAGUCCUCCGUCUCGCCAUCCACCCGCCCCGGCAGCCGCCCCACCCUCUCCCCCGUGCCCACAUCGCCCGUCACACAGACCCUCUCGCGGCCAGGCAGCCCCAUCACCCAGCGAAUAGAGGCUCUCAAUGCCAUCGACUGUGAGGGGCGGAGUGUUAUGAGUGGGGGAAGGGCAGAGAGGGGUGGCAUGCGUGUUUUCGGUGUUUUCGGUCGUGUUUGUGCAGUUGAGGCGACGUUGGGUGAGAAGGUGAUGAUGUCAAGGACACAUCUCUCGGAGGCGGCAGGGAUUCGAGACAACCUCAUCCGGACGGCACAGCACCAGUUCAUGACCGACAGGCAGCGGGAGCGGAUGAGGCAGGAGCACAAACGGGUCGCUAUCAUUCAGAGAGAGGUCAGUCGAGUCGCGCAUAUAUGGCACUGGUGGGUGACCUUCCGUCACACGUGUCCUUAUGCAGGCGGUGAGCGGUCAGCUUGAGCGGCAUUUGAAGCGUGCGAGAGCCGAGCAUGACGCGCUCAUCCUCAGAGCCAACGAGAGAGCACACACCGAAUUCGCACAGGCACGGGUGGGUAUCCGAUAAGGAAACACAAGUCCAUCCAAUCCACACAUGUCAGCCUUGCGUCUUGUAUGGUUGUCAGUGUGAGCUUCGUGUGGAGGAGGUGCGUCAGCACCUGGACAGGGUGGAUCGUCAGCUGAUUGCCGACGACUUCGCGGGGCGGAAUGCGAGCCGAGUUGCCGAGGCCAUCGACGUGUACCGGACGAUUCUCGCAAAGGUGACACCAGAUAGGGGGAAUUUGCUGGUCCAUUGCACGUGUGUGUGUGUGUGUGGUGUGCAGCACGGGCCCACCUUGUCGGACUACGAGAGGCUGCACAAGCGGCUCACAUUGUGAGUGAGAUGCAGCCACAAUACAUCCAACAAGCCAUGAAUUUUCUGUUUGUUGUGGUCAUCAGUUUGCGCCAGAAGAGCGUGGCGUCCCCCACCAGCAACGUCAACAUGAUCGUCUUCGACGAUGCGGGUCACUGACCACACAAGAGAAAGGAGAGACACACGUGGCUUUGCAUGGUGUGUCCGGCUGUGUGCAGGAGCGGCUGUCGUGUCUCCCACGCACCAGCCGCACUAUUCUGAUCUGCUCAAAGAAGUCAAGACGGCCAAGACACCAAAGAGAGGUCAGGUCAUUCAGUCGACUCGACACUUAGGCUUUCCUCUCAUGUGGUUGCCUUGCCACCCAGCUCAGCUCUUGCUGUGUGUUCAUUUCAUUAUAUAUCCGUCUCUUUUUUUAGGCAUGAGUGUGGUGUCGUUGGCUCACAAGGGCGUGCCGCCCGAAAGGCCAAAGACGGCGGGGCGGCUCAAACCGACCAAGUCGAGGGCGCUGCGGCGGUACACAAAGCUAGCCAGACAAGAAGGCAGACACGAGACGCAUCCUGGCCGUUCUGCAGGUUUGUGUUGGCACCCACCUUCAACGAGAACCUUCGCGCAGGUACGCUCUCAGAGAGACGCCAAGCACCGUGAUACCUGUGUGUCGUGUCUCUGCCUGGAUUGAUGAUGUUGCAUCAGCCGACGAGAAGAUGAUAUGCCGGCAGGGUGUGGUGCCCGAGCUGAUCUCAAACACACUACACGAGGCCAAGUGCCGGUCGCCAUUGACCUUCGACAAGGCGUCGGCCACCGUAUUUCGCACAACCACACCGCCACUCACCCCGGCCAACCGAGAGCCGCGAAAGCAGAUGAGACUUGAAUGAGCGAGUGACGGGUGGAUGAAUGGAUGGCUGGAUGAUGCGGCGGGGCUGGUCAGUGGGUGGAUGAGGGGCGGACUGACGCACAACUGACGCACCGAGCUUGAGCUGAGAGAGGCUGUGACGGCUCCUGUCUGUGUGUGUGGCUGUUGUUCCUGAGUGAUUGACUGGCCUGGAUAGACCGACAGACGAGAGUGAGUGCGUCGACGGUACACACACAUACAUUCCAUUCAAUCAACUGCUGGUGUCAUUGGUUGAUUGACGUGCGCAUCGCAUGUACAAU